UACAGUGCACAAUGGUAUAAUCUGAUGAUGCACAGGGUAAAUGUCAUGGCCAAAAUCUGCAUUCUGUGCACAUAGCCUCCUGUAGUGGAAAUCAGUAAUAUUUUGUAGCCAGAUUCCCUUUUAAGAGGUAAAAAAACCCAUUUGGCACACUUUAGGUACUUUGGGUAUCCAAAUGGACGAAAGGGUAGUCCACCUGGCCCUAUCCUUACUGAAACCUUUCUAGAAUCGAUGUGCUUUGUGGUAUUUCUGUCUACUUUGGUACAGUUGUAGUCAAGGAGUUGCUGAAUGAAUUCAGUGGCAUCUCUCUGCAUGGGAUCAUUGCUAUAUUGGUGUUUUCCACUGUUUAAUCUAAAAUACAUUUUAGGUGAGGAUAAAACUGGACAUUUUUCCCUUGGUUUAUCACAAUUUACUCAUUUUACUCAAUUUACUCACAUAGUAACAGUCACACAGACACUGGGAAUAGAUUCUGUGAGGUUUUACCUAUCCAUACAGACCAAGAUUAUGCAAAUAUACCUUAUAGUUGUGGGGUUAUUCUGGAUUUAUUUUGGGUAUGUCUGUCUAGGCAAGCUGCACCUUGCAGCACUUUCCACUCCCAGAGAAUCCACUCUCUCACUCUCUCCCUUAACAAUCCUACACUAACCAAUGCAAUGCUGUUCCAAAGGCAUAUGCAAGUAUUGACUAGAACUACUGUACCUUGUUUUAGACCCUAGUGCUUUUAGAUACUCUGUUUUCUUCAUAUUGCCAUUCUGAAGGCUGUUAAACUAUUAGUCUAGUUUUGGUCUCUCAGGGAAUGAUCACAGCAAGAGUAUCUUGUCAUUUUGGUCAAUAGUCAUCUUCAAUAGUCUAGCUAGUUCAGUAAGUUAAGUAGUUCAAUAAGUCUAAUUACCCAUUUCUUUUCAUGUAUUUAUAUUAUGGUACCUGAAGAUUCCCUAUUGUUUCCCUGUUUUUCCCCCUUCCCUGUGUUUCCAGUGCUCCCCUGUCUGUCUUUCUUUGUGUUUAUGUUUUGUGUGUGUGUGUGUGUGUUGGCCUGGGCAUGGCUCUCCUGGCUCCCAGCUCUACACUUCUGGUUGCAAUCAGCUCAUCACCUCUCCCAUUCUGCUCACCUGCCUCUCAUCACUUCAUCAGCUUGCAGUAUAUCUACCCCAGCUCUUCAUCCACUCAUCGCCAGAUCGUUGUUUCUGCUCAAGUGUGCUCCUGGACCAUCACUCGCCUGCCUGCCUGCCUGCCAGCUUGCCCGCUCCCCAGUCCACUACCACCUGCUCCCUUCUGCCGGCCGUUGCCAUUCGGAGGAUAACCUCCGCCGGGCUCUGCCUGACCAAGAGAACCUUGUGGGUCAGCGUGACCAGGUUCUUACAGGCGUUGUGGAGACUUUAAGGAGAAUCACAGCCAGUGUAUCUCGGAUAGAGAGCCAGCUCAACCCUGUCCCCACACAUCAUUUCCUGUCUGCCUCUGGACCCCCAGCUCCCACUCCACCUUCUGAUAUGCCUGCUUACCUGCCAAGAGAGCCUCAUGUACCUGCGCCAGAGUGCUACGAUGGAUAUCUGGGGGCAUGCAGGUCCUUUUUGCUUCAGUGCUCCCUUGUGUUUGAGCAGCAGCCUCAGACUUACUCCACAGAUAAGUCCAAAGUAGCUUAUGUUGUAGGGUUGCUUACGGGGGAGGGCUAAAGCUUGGGGAGCGACAGUUUGGGAUAGCUCACCGUCCAUUACUACUUCUUAUGAUAACUUUGUUGCAGAAAUGAAGAAAGUGUUUAAUCAUUUUGUCAGGGGUAGAGAUGCCAGUAAGCGUCUUUUGUCACUUCGUCAGGGUUCCCACAGUGUAACGGAGUUUUCAGUUAAGUUUAGGACUUUAGUGGCUGAGUCGGGGUGGAAUGACGAGGCUCUUCAGGGAUUUUUUUUUAAGCGGGCUCAGUGACACAGUUAUAGAUAAGCUAGCGGCUAGGGAUGAGUCAACUAGCCUAGAUGAAUUCAUUUCAUUGGCCGUUAGACUAGACAAUUGACUGUGAGAGUGCUGUAGGGAGAGAGCCAGUCGUUCAUCUUUGUUUUCUUCUCACCCUACCCCUCCACCUCUCGCAAGAGCGAGUCCGGGGCCUUUACCUGCUUCCCAUGCAGCACCUUGCCCUCUAGCCCUACCUCCACCAGAAGAGGAAUCUAUGCGGCUAGGUCAUGCCCAUCUGUCUCCGGCAGAAUGUCUUUGGAGAAUAAAUGCUGGGGUUUGCAUUUACUGUGGCUGAGCUGGUCACUUCCUGGUCUCUUGCCCUCUUCAGCCAAAAGAGGAGACUCACCAGUAACAGUCGGGGUCCUGGUGAGUCGAUCCACUCUUCCUUUGUUGCCCCGGACACCCUUACAUUUGGACACUAGGCUAAUGGCUACUCACCAACCCCUUCCACUACUGGCUUUGGUGGACUCUGGAGCUGAUGACGACUUUCUAGACUCUAAUCUGGUAGCUCAGGCUGACAUUGCAGUUGAAUAGCUUCCCACUCCUCUAGAGGUGAAUGCAUUGGACGGGAGACUCCUCACCCACAUCACCCAUCGCACUAAGCUGCACCUUCUCCUUUCUGGCAAUCAUCAUGAAACGAUCCAGUUUCAUAUCAUUCCUUCCUCACAGACUCCCAUUAUUCUCCAGCUGUGGUUAAAGAGACACAAUCCCCACAUUGACUGGUCUACGGGCAAGGUGGUGAGUUGGAGCUCAUUUUACCAUUCUUCCUGUCUUCAGUCUGCUCUUGCCCCUGUCAAAGCUGCUGUCCCUCGACCAGUCACUGAGACCCCAGAACUGUCUUCCAUCCCAUCUGUCUAUCAUGACUUGAGAGAGAUGUUCAGUAAACGGCGUGCGCUGUCCUUGCCUCCACGUCAUCCCUAUGACUGUGCCAUUGACCUUCUCCCCGGAGCCCCACUGCCCUCCGGUCGCCUGUACAACGUGUCUCGUCCUGAGAGGGAGACGAUGGAGAAAUACAUACACUACUCCUUAGCUGCAGGUAUCAUCCGGCCUUCCUCCUCCCCUGUUGGUGCAGGUUUUUUCUUUGUUUCUAAGUAAGAUAAGACCCUUCACCCUUGUAUUGAUUAUCAUGGACUCAAUAAAAUCAUCAAAAACAAGCACCCUCUGCCCCUUAUCAGUUCCGCUUUUGAGCCCCUUCAGGGGCCACCAUCUUUUCAAAACUGGACCUCAUAAAUGCCUACCACCUUGUUAGGAUCAAAGGAGAUGAAUGGAAAACAGCCUUUAAUACUCCCCUUGGCCACUGUGAAUAUCUCGUCAUGCCCUUUGGUCUCACCAAUGCCCCCGCUGUCUUCCAGGCUCUGGUCUGAUGCCCUUCGGGACUUUCUCAAUCAUUCUGUGUUUGUUUACCUGGAAUGUAUAAACAUGUCAGUUGCCCUCUGGUAAAUGUAUUGCUGCAAUAAUAUUUCACUGAGGUAGUACUGUUUACGAGCAACAGAAAGUGAAGCCUAAAUAACACAUAGGUCAUGAAAUGUAUACACAAUUUCAAAUAACUCAUCUCCACCGCCACAUACUGUAUGCGCCACAUACUGUAUGCGCCACAUACUGUAUGCGCCACAUACUGUAGAAAUAAUAUUUUACCCAUUCAUAUAGUGUUUGAUAAUCCUGACAAUUCAGAGCAGUGUCAAAAGACCUCCGAUAGUUAUACCAUGGUUGCCGCUCCCUCCGACGCACGUGAAGUGUGAGGGCCUGUUCAUCGCUGCUUGCAGCUAUAAUUAUAACUUUUUUUGAUGCAGGCACAACAAUAAGUAAUAAGACAUAAAUAAAAUAUGAUCAUAUUAUUAAUCUUGAUAAAAUAUAAAAGAUGCAGUUACAAGUUAGUAAAAAGGUAAUAUCACACACCUAACACAUAAGCCAUGCAGAGUUUGACACAACUAUAAUUCAAGUUACAACUUAAGCUUCACACUGACUUUUGCUGUUUUAGUUAGUUUGCAUAUUUGUAUAUUGAUGCUUGUCUUUAUUAUCAAUAAAUGGAUAAUUAUACUGUAAUUGUCCAAGAAUUCAACAAGUUGUGUAAACUCUGCAAUGAACAUAUCCUGUUGGCUCAUUGUUUGGUGUUGUAAUUAAUUCAAAAGUAUGCCAUAUUUAUAUUCUGGGGCUCUACAGGGGCCUGUUUCAGAAAGUAUUUUAACCCUGAACUCU